AUGCCUCAGGCUAUCGACCAUUAUUACCGUCAUGUUUCCGCUAACGUCGGCAUGUUAGACGCUUAUUCACCCGUGUCAUCACCUUGUCCCUUCAUUGUUCCGACGCAGGCGCGUGAUAUACACACCGACUUCAUCGGUGAUCUUACUCAGUCGGCCUACCAAGCCGCGCAACCCAGUUGCGCAACUCUUGCAGAUCCAAACAUGUCACUUUCCAAGGCACCCAACGGCCAUCCAACACGAUCGCGUCACGGUGCCGAGAACACACCGACCCGCGUGGGUUUCUGCGCUUAG